CUCCGUCCAGAAACUAAACAAGGACGAAAGCAACCGACGAGGACCGGGAGAGGGCGGCGAGGACAAGAAAGUCGCCGCCGCGGCCGUCGUCGGCUUCGGCGAUCCCGAGGCAGCCCUCCUCCUCCGGAUCGUAGAGGUUUGGUUCCUCCGAGUGCUCGACACCGCGCCGCCCACCUACCUACCAUGUGACGUGAGUUCCCUGGGGGGACGUAUUGAAUUCUCCGGUGGUUCGGGUAGUUUCUGGUGGCAGCCGGCAGGUGGUAUGAGCGGUCGCGGGGCGACUUCCUGGAAGCGGCAAUGCAGGCUCUGCAACUUGUGAGGUAGGCUGAAGCUGAACACCCUGAGUUGCUGUCCGGGCUGGAUCAUGGAGGGCCACUCGACUUUGCUCUAGCCGGAUCAGCUGUGGUUUCCCGUGAGCAUGUCCUCGCCUAGCGAGGCUUUGAUGGGAGGGAAAAGCAAAGUCUCAUCAAAGAAAAUGGGAGGGAAGAAGAAAGCAAGGGCGACGGAGGAGGAUGCGCGGCAGCUCUGCAGCGACGCGCUCACCGAGGUAUUCCACAGGCUGCCUGCGCGCACGCUUGCCUCCUGCAGGACGGUGUGCAAGUCCUGGAUGUCCCUGCUCUCCGACCUGCAUUUUGUGCACGAGCACCUGAAGCGUGGCCAGCAGAAGCUGCUGCUCUUCACAAAUGACAGGGCGAGCGAUAGAUCUCUCGCCACAGUGCUCGCCGACGCCAAUGGGCACAUGUACCAGCUGUCCAAGCCCGCGGCUUCCCGGAGCCUCUUCGUGCACAACUCGUGCAACGGCCUGCUCUGCCUAGGCGACAGUAGAGGGGCGGUGGAGCUGCUCAACCCGACGACCGGGGAGUCUCUUGCGCUGCCGACGCCGGACUACACUGCAGGAAGCAGCCAGUUCUCGUCGUGCAAUUGGCACAGCUUGGGGUUUUGCCCGUCGACUAAGGAACACAAGGUUGCGCAUUUUUAUCCAGGAGAUCUUGGUUCUGUCAAGGCGUGCUGCGAGGUGUUCACGAUUGGAGGUAGAGCCUGGAGACAAGUCGGGAGUAUCGACGGGACACCGAUAGACAGAGGGAUGCAUGUCAAUGGAACCGUGUAUUAUCUGACGAUGUUUCGUUAUGUUGCUUCAUCACGCAUCAACUGCCUGGAUCUUGAAAGGGAGAAGUUUGAUGUCAUGAGGCUUCCUCUGCGCAAGACCUAUGGAGGGCACUGCUCUUUGUCUGAGCUCGAGGGAAGGCUAUGCUUGCUAGUUGUGGAUGGUACGCUUGAUGGUCUACCUCGUACAAUGGACAUAUUGAUGCUCGAGAACGAUGAUAAGAAGAGCUGGACUCACAGAUAUCACAUAUCCUUGCCUUUGCUGAUGCAAUCAUGCUACUUCACUCCAAAGAAUGCACUCUUCCAUGAUGGGAAAAUUUGGGUACAGUUGUUUGCUAAGAGCCUCUACUGUUAUGAUCCAAAUUCAAAUUCGGAAGAGCUGGAGAUUGCUUGUCCAGAGUCCGAGUUUCCUUUCAGCACUCAUACCUUUGUCGAAAGCAUAGUUCCUCUGCGUCAUCAUUACUUCAUCAAAUAGAUAUGGUGAUGCUAGCGUUCUCCUCUAAAAUCUUCAAUAAGGUUUUUAACUUAUAGCGUUACAACACCAUUGUUGUUUUUCUUUUCUUUUCUUUUCAUGAGCGAAGCUGUUGAGUGCCUUAAUUGGGCCUAUUUUAUCGUUAUUUGUAAUUAGUUACUCUUCAGAGCAUAAGAAAUGCAAACCUGAAACACCCAUGCUUGUGUGGCUUCUAA